GACUCUCAAGGACCUCAAAGACUACAUAUGAACCACCGGCAUUUGAGAAUGAUGGGACAGUGUUAAACUUCAUUAACGAUAAGGAUAGAUAUUAUUUUAGGAACGAUGUCGCAUUCUGGGAGAUGUUGCGGACGCUAGUGACGAAGAAGAGCUUCAAGUUUAUUAUCCUCAUUGAGACUCCCUCGAAACUAUUUAACGAAUGGACCUUCCCAAAAGUGUGCGAACUGUACGGGCUUAGUGAUAACUCAAAUCCUAGUAUUGAUGUCUAUCCCGUUUUCGAUUGUGGUAGCGCUAGCACUAAGGAGGAAAAGUAUAAAGAAGCGUUGCGUAAACUUUUUGACGAAUUGGAAAAUCAUGUCGCGAUAACCCUGAUUAACUGCCCGAAAAGUUGGUUGAAGGUAAAAACGAGCGCAGAAAUCUUGACUACGGUAUUGGAUCACGUACAACCUGGAGAACAAUCG